AUGGCUAAGAUAGCUCGGCAAAGAAACAACCGGGAAAGGUUUCUAGGCGUAUUCAGUGGUUUAGGCAAUAAUGUUAAUAAUAUGAUUGGUGCUGGAAUUUAUUCAUCUCCUGGUAAAGAGAAAAGCUUUGGGUACUUUGGCACUGUAUGGCGAAACGUCGGAUCACCGUGGAUAGCUUUACUGUUGUGGUUGCUCGGCGGGAUUGCUAGUUUCGCUGGAACGUUAACUUAUACAGAGUUGGGAGCUCAGUUUCAAAUUGGUGCUGGGGAGACAACUUACCUGGAACACAGCUUCCCGAGACCCCGUCUCCUCCUCAGCUACUCGUUCACCAUGGUGUAUAUAAUAUUAAUUCGACCUGCUGGAAUAUCAGCGGUGGUAAAUGUUUGCGCCCAAUACUUGCUAUUUACGCUGGGAUUAAAUGGCAAAGGAUGCGAGUUAUACGAAGAGUUUCAUCCUCUAUAUUUUAACGGACGCAAUUUCUGGAGACUCAAGUUAACUACAGUGGCAAUUCUUGCGGUGAUAGCUUUGUACCAUUCACUCUCCAAUAAAUGGUCGAAUAGGAUCAACCAGGCGUUGGUUACGACAAAAGUCUUAACGGUAUUAACUGUUGUCGUACUCGGACUAUCAUUCGCAAAAGCAUCGGCAGAGAGGGUGAACAGCAAAAACGUAAAUUGGGACAUGUUUUCUCCCGCCAGUCCAGACUUUUAUCAGAACGUUAGCGCUACGGAAUGGAUUCAAAGAUAUAUAACCGCAAUGCUAACGAUUCUGUUUGCGUACGCGGGCUGGAAUAAUCUCAAUUACCUCACUGAAGAAUUUGAUAGGGGAGAAUCAUCUAGGAAUCUCCUGAUAAGUAAUGCAGGAGCAGUCGGGAUAGUCACAGUGUUGUAUCUGCUGGCCAAUCUUGCUUACACGGCGGUGCUGAACGUUGCCACCGUAAUCGGAACUAAGGGGACGGAUCCUAACGAAAUUAUAGGCGUUUAUUUUGCUGCACAGAUCGACCAGGGGGAUGUCGAUAUUGUUGGUUCUAAUGUUACCUUGGCAAAAAUCAAAGCAGCGCGUGCGUUGAGUUUUUUCAUCGCUCUCAGUGCUUUCGGUGCUGCUGCCGUGUUGAUGCAAAGUGCUUCGAGAGUGGUAGAUUUAGCAGGCCAGCACAAUUACGUUCCAUUUAUUUCUGGGUGGCUGUCCACGUGGAAUGACAGGCUCGGGACGCCCGUAAAUUCUUUCAUCUCCCUCUUUGUUUGGUGCUCUAUAUUGACCAUGAUAGUUCCGGGCAACAGUUCAUUCGAGUUUUUAGUCAAGAUCGAGCAAUACACAAUGUACUUUUUCUUCCUCCUCGCAGCUAUUGGUGCAUUGGUAUUACGAAGGAGAAAUAGACAGCAAGAGAGACGUACAUAUAGGGCACCUUUAAUUAUCAUAAUUCUUUUCAUUUUGUUCGCGUCGAUCAUUGUUGCUCUCUCGUGGGUGCCACCAAAGAGCGGAAGCGCACCUCCAACAAAUUCAACAACUUCUUUAACAGAUUCAACAACUUCCCCAACUCCAAACAUUGCAUGCUCAAAAUCCAAACCUGUCAAUACUUAUGCCGUUUAUGGUACUAGCCUCGGAGUUCUGAUUUUGACUGGCGUGUUAUGGCGACUUAUGAGAGGUCGAUUUACCGAAGAGAGCGAAACAGAAACAGAGAACGGACAUGGCCCCCGUGUUUGA